ACGUGUUGUUGUAAAAAACGACGUAAAGAAAAAUUAAAAAAAAUUGUAAUUGGAAAAACAACCAACAAUUGACAUUCCAUAACGCACUUAAGCCAAAAAUAAAAUGAUUAAUAAUUCAAUAGAAUGUUCGUGAAAAUUUACAAUUUUUAAUUUAAUUAAAAAGUAAAUUGUGAAAAAAAUCAAAAUUUUAAGUUUAACCAUAAAUUCAAAGUGUAUGAAAAUGAAAUUUAAAGAAAAUAUGUCGAGAAAUAAACAAUCAUUAUGCUGGUUAGUUAUACUAUUGCUGAUAAGCACCUUAAGUAUUUUCACGGUUACCAUAAGGGCAGAAGAUGCUCAGUCGGAAACUGCUGCUGCAGCAGCAAAUAAUGAAAAUUCCUCUAAUGGUGCAGUGGAAUUUAUCAAGUCCGAACAGAAUGUGUCAGAAAACAAAGAAUCAAAUGGAAAGUCUACUAAUACGGGACCAGACGUAACGUCAACAAUAAAUGUUACCAAUAUAAAUGUAACCAAUACUAGUAUUAACAAUGUAAAAAAUUCAAAUGUGACCUCGAGUGCAAAUGUAACAAGUGGAACAAAUACCACAACAACUUCCACACAAGCAGCACCAAUCACUAACUCAACGUCACCAGCAGAAAACGAUACGAAAGUCGUUACAGAGCCACCUUUACCAGAUCAUCAUGCCGUCGAACAGGAACACAACUCCUCCUUGUCAUUAUUCUUUGUUAUUUGCGUGAUAAUGCUGGGCAUUCUAUUGAUACAUUCUAUGUUACAGACGGGUUUCCAAUAUUUACCCGAAAGUAUUGUGGUUGUGUUUUUGGGCGCUUUAAUUGGUCUAUUAUUGAAGGUUAUGUCCGGGGAGAAUGCCAGCUGGAAGAGAGAGGAAGUAUUUUCUCCCACAGGCUUCUUUUUGGUUUUACUUCCGCCCAUUAUCUUUGAAUCUGGUUAUAAUUUACACAAGGGUAACUUUUUCCAAAAUAUUGGCUCCAUAUUGGUAUUUGCCAUUGUGGGUACAACGAUUUCGGCUUUAGUCAUUGGAGCGGGUAUAUAUUUGUUGGGUUUGGCUGAGGUGGCAUAUCGCCUCAACUUUUCGGAAUCUUUUGCUUUUGGCUCUCUAAUUUCCGCUGUCGAUCCCGUGGCAACGGUAGCGAUUUUUCAUGCUCUCGAUGUGGAUCCCAUACUUAAUAUGUUGGUAUUUGGUGAGAGUAUAUUAAACGAUGCCAUAUCUAUUGUUUUAACCACCACCGUCACCCAAUCGGCCAAUAGUCCGGCCUAUGCAAAAAUGUCUACAGGUGAGGCUAUUUUCUCGGCGUUGAAAACAUUUUGUGAAAUGUUUUUUGCUUCGGCCGGUAUAGGUGUAGUAUUUGCUUUGAUCUCGGCUUUAUUAUUGAAACAUGUAGAUUUAAGAAAACAUCCAUCAUUGGAAUUUGCCAUAAUGUUAAUGUUUACCUAUGCACCGUAUGUAUUAGCUGAGGGCAUACAUUUGAGCGGUAUAAUGGCCAUAUUAUUUUGUGGCAUUGUUAUGUCACACUAUACACAUUUCAAUCUGUCCACGGUUACACAAAUAACCAUGCAACAAACAAUGCGUACUUUAGCUUUUAUAGCAGAAACUUGCGUCUUUGCCUAUUUGGGUUUGGCCAUAUUCUCUUUUAAACAUCAAGUAGAAUUAUCUUUUGUGAUAUGGUCCAUUGUAUUGUGUCUUAUUGGCAGAGCUUGUAAUAUCUUUCCUUUGGCUUAUUUGGUGAAUAAAUUUCGUGAACAUAAAAUUACCAAUAAAAUGCAAUUCAUUAUGUGGUUUUCUGGUCUACGGGGUGCCAUUUCCUAUGCCUUGUCAUUGCAUUUAGAUUUGUCUAGUGAUGAAACUAGACAUGUUAUUAUAACCACCACUUUGAUUAUUGUGUUAUUUACUACACUCUUCUUUGGUGGUUCUACUAUGCCUUUGUUGAAAUAUUUAAAACCAGGCAAAAAGCGUAGAUCACGUAAUUCACGCAAUGGCAGUUCUGCCUCAGCAACAGCCAAUAGGCAAAGAAGUAAUUCACGCAAACGUUCCAAAUCGAUUUCUUUGUCAAAAACUAGAGAAUGGGGUCAAGCUAUAGAUUCCGAACAUUUAUCGGAACUUACCGAAGAGGAAGAUGUGUCCUUUGCCCAAACACGUAUUGCUGGAUUUGGUCGUUUAGAUCGUAAAUAUUUUAUACCCUUUUUUACGCGUCGCUUUAACAGUCAAGAGUUGCAUGAGUGUAAAUCACAAAUGGCUGAUUUGACUAAUAAAUGGUAUCAGGCUAUACGUGUAAGUCCUUUAGAUUCAGAUGAAUCUGAUGAAGAAAUGGGUUUGUCGGCAAGUACUAGUCAAAGUACCUUAAAUGCACGUACCUAAAUCAAGCAUAAAUUAAUAUUAAAUAAGUUUGUAAUAUAGUAGAUAUGAGGAAGAAAAAUUGAUUCCCUCUUGAAACUGUUUAAACGAAGUUUUUCGUUUAGAAAAAUGUAGUAAGUUUUUGCUUUUGUAAACGAAAACCGACCGGUUAUUGCCAAAAGUUUAGUGAAAGUUUGUUUUUUGUGUAGUUAGCAAAUUGUAUUUUUUUUAUAUAAAAUACUUUUUCCAAAUAUUUAAUGUAUUUUAGUGCUGUGAAAGUGUCAUUGAUAUCAAAAAUAUAAAUGGUUAUUUUAGUAUACUAAUAGUAUUUAUAUUUAAAUAAACACAAAUUUACUUAUUUUUUCUUUAGUUAUUAAAAUUUAAAUAUAAACCGAACAUAAAUAGACUUUAAAUUUAUAUUUCGUUAUGGUUUUGGGUUUUAGUUAUAGGCGCCUUCACAAAUAUAUAUACUUAAAGCUCUGCAAUAAAGUUUUGUAUUGUACUUCUUUUAAGCAUACAUUUUGAACUUCAUUUUCUAUGGGUCAAAGGUCUUUUUUUGGUAAAUAACGUUUAAAUUAAUAAAUAUUACUAUAAAAUAAACAAAAAUUUGCCUAAUUUAAAAUCUAUUUCAAAAACAAUUCACCAUUAAAUUUUAUUGAAAUUUAAGUGUUGCCCUUACUUGUGACUAUUAUUUAUGAACAAAUUUCAUGAUGGAUGUUUAAAAUUUAAUAUAAAAAACAUUUUACUACUAUUUUCAAAAACGACAACGUUAAAUUCAUAGAAUAUUUAUGAUAACAUUCAAACCAAACAUAUUACCUAGUAAUUUAAACGAAACAAAAAACAUUCGACUUAGUUUUAAAAACAUGUAUUAAGAAGUUGUAUUAAACGCAAGUGAGUAUUAAAAUUUUGUAUUCCUAUAUACUUAAAGUUUUCGAGUUGUAUUUUAAGCGAAAAAUUAAUAAACGAAAUAAAAGUAAAGUAAUGAAAAUCUUAUAUAUUGUGCACAUUAGAUCCUAAAGAUCGCAUAGAUUUGAUUUAAGGUCAAUACAUUCAGAAAUGUAUGUUUCUUUUCUAAAAUCUAAAGAAGUCUAAGAAGAAUCUACAAAAUAUCUGUUGAAAUCUUCUUGUAACAUUCAAAACUAAUCAGAGAGCAAAUCUGCCUAUCGCUGCUUUAGAUUCUUCUAGAGAUAAGUUUUCUAUUUAGACCUCUUUCUAUAGGAAAAGUGUCUUAUUUAUAAUAUUUUUAAUAAAAAUGUCUUCUUUAGACCUUUUUCUUAGAUUCUUCUCUAUUAAAAAGUUUAUACAUUGAACUCUAUUUCAAUAUGAAAUUGUCUUCAAACUUUUCUUUAAAUUGUCUUCUUUAGAUUAUUUUUUAUAAAAGACUUUCUUCUUUUUUUGACUCCUUUCUAUAGAUAAUUGUUUUCUUUAUCUUAUUUUCUAUAAAAAGUGUCUUCCUUGAAGUAGUUUUCAAAAGAGAAGAUUCUUCUUUAGAUCAUUUUUCUAUAUAAAGUUGUGUUUUUUCUAUAAUAAAUGUGUCUUUCCUAUAACGAAAUGUCCUUUUUAAGAUUCAUUUCUAUAGAAAAGUAUCUUCUAUAGACAAUUUUCUAUAGAAAACUGCCUUCUAAAUAAUGAAUAUGUUAUUGGUUAGAUUGUUUUCUAUACAAAAUUGUGUUAUUUGGACUCUUUUAUAAGAAACUAUGUUUUUAUGAGUCUUUUCAAUAGAAUAAAGCAUUCUUAAGUCUACUUUCUAUGGAAAAGUUUCUUCUUAAGACUUGUUGCGUUCUUUAGACUCUUUUAAUAGAAAUAUAUUCUUAAGAAUUUUUUUUAUAGAAAGGUCUCCAUGUCUGAAGUGACUUCUGAAGAUGGUAUUCUAUAGAAAACUGUCUUCUAAAUAGAUUUUCCAAUAGAAAAAUUGUGUUCUUUCGACUCUUUUGAAAGAAAAAUAUCUUCCUAAUAAUCUUUUCUAUAGAAAAGUGUCUUCUCAGAACUCUUUUCCUUUAAGAAAUACUCUUCUAUAGAAAAGUUUUUCUUAGCAGACUUUUCCUAUAGAAAAGACUCAUGCUUAAUAAGAUUUCUAUUGAAAUGUAUUUUCUUUAGACUCUUUCCUACUGAGUCGUGUCUUAUUAAGACUCACUUCUAAAGAAAACUAUCUUCUGAAUAACGGAAAGGUUUUUUCUAUAGAAAAUUGUGAUCUUUAGAUUUGUCUAUAUAAGCAUAUUCUCAUGAUUUAUUAUUUUAAAAUAAAUUUAUUUUCUAUAGAAAAAUUUCUUCUCUCAUUAUAUAGAAAAAUGCCUUGUUUAAUAAAUUUUUUAUCGAAAUAUGUCAUCUUUAGAGUCUUUUUAAAAGAAUCCCAUAAAGAUUCUCAAACAAAAAUUUCGUUUAACAAAAAAGCCUUAAGUAUUUUGAAAAAAACUUUGAAAAACACCUAUAAUCACAAACUUACGGCAUAUUUUUUUAAAUAUUUUAUAAAAAAGAAAAUAACUUAAGUACCUUUGUCCAGCUCUGCAAAAACACUUCAUUCAUAAACUCGCAUUAUAUUUUUAUACACAAAUAUCAGUAUUUAAUUUAAUUUCAUGAAGAGUUUCCAUCAUUUUAAAACUUAAAUUUUUAAAACAGCCAUUUAAAAAUUUAAGCUGAAAUAAUGUUAACUUAUAAAACAAAGUAUAUUUUUAUUAAUUUAUUUAUUUAAAAAAAAUAUAUUAAAGCUUUUUGCUAUAAACACCAAUAUUUUAUAUAAUUAUAGUAAUCUAAUUAAUU